GAUGAAUUAUCUUUGGAUGGAGCAAGUUUCAAACAAGUGUCAUUUGUGCGAUCAUCUGAAGUGGCUAAGUUUGAUUUUAUGUUAACAUUUAUCUAUAAUCCACUACUGGAAAAUAGCAGAUUGUCAUUUCAUUUAACUUGUUCACGUGAUCUAUUUGAUGAGAUUACAGUUACAAAUAUAGGUCGAAGAUUAGAAUAUUGUUUUCGACAACUUUGUUCAUCCAAUCAAACUAUAAAUCGAAUUGAUACGUCUUUUACAUCUAUAUCGAAGUUUAAUCUUGCUCUACCAGAAGAAACUGAAGAACUGGAAGAUAUUAUAUUUUGUCGACAAUCACAUAUUACAAACGAAGCACCAGCAUCAUUUUCACAAGCUCUACUAUGCCAUAAUGAAUGUAUUGAUUUCAUUCCACACAUAUCACAAGUACCAAUCUACAACAUGCCUUUUGUUUAUCAUUUCCAUCCACAUCAUACUUUAUCAGUACAACGUCUUUGUCAUGCUCUUCAACUAAUCGUUACAAAACAUGAAGCUCUUCGCACAUCACUCAUAUUUCAUGCACUCAACAAUCGACUCAUGCAGCAAGUCAUUGACUUCAACCAAAAUCACAAUACCUUAUUUACAUUGAUCGAAAGCAUUUAUACUACACAUGAACAACUCAAUCAUAUCCUACAUGAAGAAAAAUAUAAUCCUCAACUUUUUGAUCUUGCUCAAGGUCUUGUCUUUCGAUGUCAUCUUAUUUAUUACAAACAAAUCUCUUCAAAUCAUCUACUUUCUGACCAGGAUGUAGUCAUUUUCAAUUUUCAUCAUGCUUUAUUUGACUUUUCAUCAUUGAAUAUCUUUCUUCAUGAUCUCAGUCAGGCAUAUACAACAAGUCAGCUACCUAAUAAUGGCAACACUAAUCUUCGUUAUCUCGAUUAUGCUGUUAUUGAACAACAAAUGUCGAUGAAUGGUGCAAGUAUGUUUUGGCUUGAUACUCUUCAUGAUUGUAAAUUCGAUCAACUUUUGCCAUUACCAUUUGAUCGAUAUCGUUUUGCAGAUCAAUAUCGAUCUGGUCGUGGAACAUCGAUUUCAUUUGAUUUUGGUCAAGAUUUCUCACAUGAAUUUCUCAUUCAUACAUCAUCAAAUAACAUAUCACUUGAACAUCUCAUAUUUACUAUUUAUUUCAUCUUUCUAUUUAAACUAACUAAUGGACAGACAGAUCUAUGUAUUGCUAUGAAUAUUAAUAAUAAUCGACACAAAGAUGAACUCAAAUCAAUCAUUGGAUUGUUUGAGAAUGUCAUUCCAUUACGAUGCAAACUAGAUCCUCAUUGGUACUUUCAUCAAGUAUUCGAACAUGUUCAAGAGAUAACAACAAAUAGCAUGAAAUAUUCAUAUUUUCCUCUUCAACGUAUUCUUGAUCAACAUUCACAUAUUUCUAAACAUGCAUUUCUCGACACAUCUCUAGAAUUUAUAUCACACAUAAGUAAUAAUUCAAUCAUGAUUGGUGAUUCUCAACUUAAUCCAGCAACUUCUCAAUUCAACAUUAAUAAAGAUGAGAUAUUAAGUACAUCCGACUUCUCUCUUUCUAUUUAUCAUGAUAAGAACCUGAAUCAACUAUCAUGCACAAUCAAUGCAUCACUUGACUUGUUCAAUAGAAAGACAGUGGAGAAGAUUUCGCAACGAUUUCAUUCCAUCUUACAUCAAUUAUUUACAUCUAUGAUUUAUAAUCAAAUAAACAAACCUAUCUACAAAUUAUCAUUAAUGUUAUCAAAUGAACAAUAUCUAAUGCAAUCAUUGAAUAAUACACAAAUAUCAUUUUCAUCUCCUCUCACUUGUAUUCAUCAUGAGUUUGUAUAUCAAGCAAUGAAACGUCCACAAAAACUAGCAGUUGAACUUGAUGAACAAUCCUUGACAUAUUAUGAACUUUUGUAUUAUGUUCAGGUGUUAUCUUUAACUCUUAUCAAUGAAUAUCAUGUGUUUUCAGGUGAAAUCGUGUGUCAGUGUGUUGAGCGAAGUUUGUCAAUGGUGAUUGGUAUUAUGGGAAUUCAAAUGGCUGGUGGUGUUUAUUGCCCAUUAUCACCUCGAGAUCCACAACAUCGUUUGCACGCACUCACACAACAAACACAAAGUCGUCUUGUACUUGUUCAUUAUUUAACAAAGAUUAAAUUCGAUGAUAAUAUUAUUUCACUUGAUAUUGAUUCAAUAUUAAAUGUUAAUAACAUGAAUAGUGUCAUGGAUAAUAAUUGUCUUUCAAGUGUGAAAGUGGAAGGUGAAGAGAUAGCAUACAUUAUUUUCACUAGUGGUUCAACUGGAAUACCCAAAGCGGUUCAAGUUCGACAUCAGAACUUUAUUGAUUGUAUCAAUUCUUUGGUUUAUAUUAACUCAUUUAAUAAUGAUGAUACAGUUGUACAAAUGACACGAUGCUCAUUUGAUAUUCAUGUUCAAGAAAUCCUUGGUACAUUGAUAGUUGGAGGCACAUUAAUUAUGCUUCAUCCAGGUGGAACUAUUGAUCUCAAUUAUUUAUCUGAAGUCUUACAGAACAAACAGAUCACAUAUCUACACACUGUUCCAAGUUUAUUACAUAGACCACUUUCUAAUUACCGAUGUAUGAUCAUGAAUCGAUAUUUACAACCAUCUGUUACAGGCCAAGAAGGUGAACUGUGUAUAGGAGGAGCGGGCGUCUUUGCUAGUUAUCUCGGACGUGAUGACUUAACUGCAAAAUCUCUUGUUGAAAUAGAUGGUCAACUAUUUUAUCGAACAGGUGAUCUUGCUAGAAUGGAUAAGAACGGUCUUCUGCAUUAUCAAGGAAGAAAAGAUCAUCAAAUCAAACUACAUGGACAAAGAAUUGAACUUGGUGAAAUUGAACGAUGUUUACUUAACAUUACAUCCAUAUCUGCUUGUGUUGUUAUGAAAUGGAAUGAUGAUUAUUUAGUUGCUUAUGUUCAAUCUUCUUCUCAUACUAAUGAAGAGGAACUACGUCAACAUUGUCAAUCUCAUCUUCCACCACAUAUGAUACCAUCAAUAUUUAUUAUUCUUGAUAAACUACCUUUGAAUCCAAAUGGAAAAAUAGAUCGAAAACUUCUACCGCCUCCUGAUUUUUCAUCGUCAACUUAUGAUCGUGAUGACAAUCUUUCGCACACUGCUUUAGAAGAACAGUUACAAGAUAUAUUUAGUCAAGCUUUCCAUAUUGAAUCUCCUCAUGUUGAAGUUGCUUUCGGUCAACUUGGUGGUACGUCACUGGGUGCUAUUCUUGCACUGACACUGAUUCGUCGGAAGAUUUGUAAUAAAGUUGACAUUGGUCUUUUGCUUAAUAAUCCAUCUAUUCGACAAUUGGCUCAAGCUAUAGAACCUUUAUUCGCUUUCGAAGAACUCCAAGAGAUAGAUUGCACAGUCAAUGAAUUUCAUGAAACGCAUGAUCGUCUGACACCUUCAUUUGUCAUAGAAUCUUUAGGUAUUGUACUUCUUGUUUGUCAAUGGUUGUGUCCGAUUAUACUAAUUCAUCAAUGGUGUCCACUUCUUUUUCCUAUCUUACCAAUAUGUCAUCUUCUAUUAUAUGCCAUAUGUUCCCGUCUACUUUCACUGCAAAACAUCAAAGGUGACAAUAUUUUCUCCUGGAGUUAUUAUCGAUGGUGGUUUUUAGAUCGACUAUGGAAUAAUAAUACAUUUUGGCUACAACAUAUACUUGGUACACCUUUGUACAAUUACUAUCUUCGUCUUUGUGGUGCUCGAGUUAGUCUUACUGCACAUAUUUAUACCGUUACCAUUGAUGCUCCAUGGUUAUUAUAUAUUAGUGAGGGAACUUGGAUUGCUGAUAAAACGACUCUAAACUCUUUUUAUUUCAAUGAUAAUGAUACUUUUGCACUACACUCAAUUAAAAUUGGUUGCUAUUGUUCAAUUAGUGUCCGUUCGAUUCUGUUUGGUGGAGUUGAUAUGCAAGAUAAUAUUAUUAUUCAGCCUAAUUCAUCAGUCACUGGUUUCAUUGAAUCUCGAACGAUUAUUGAUGGCGACGAACAUAAAACGGUUCCAUCAAACAUUUCAAUCACAUAUAAUAACCGAUCAUUAUCAAUAUGGCACAAGAUCUAUCAAGUCAUUACAAUCAUCUCACUAAUCUGUAUUCAUUGUACACUUUUAGCCAUUGUCUACAAAGUUUAUGCAGUUGAACAGAUACCACUACCUAUUAGUAUUGCUUUUUGCUGGACUUUGUGGUCAAUUAUUGCUUGUUUUAUCACUCUCUUUCUCUUAAAAUUCGUAAUCGGUUCCUGUGCUGCUGGUGACACAUACCCAAUUGCAUCAUGGUCAUAUUUACAUAAGGUGUGGCUUCGUCAAUUAAUUGUUUUUAGUUUUCAUCAUGCAUGGUCACUACCCGGUAUAUAUCAUUAUCUAUAUCCUUUUAUUCUCCGUUGGCUAGGUGCUCAAGUUGAAGAUGAUGUCAAACUCGCUAAUAUAGACAUCUUCUUAUCCUAUCCAACAAAUUUAUUAAAACUCGAAAGAGGAGUCACCAGUUUUGGUUACGUUUUAUUAGUUCCUACUGAGAUGACACUUGAGGGUGACCAUCGUGUAGAUUGGAUAACGCUAGGAUCUCAUACAAACCUUGCAAACGGAUGUUCAGUUUUGCCGGGAAGUCAUCUUGCAUCUCAUACUAUGGUUGGCAGUUUAACGCGGAUCACUCGAGAAACGAAUAGCAACAAUGGAGAUAUUUUCAUUGGUGUUCCAGCUCGUGCUAUGCCAUUUCAAAUGCCCAUUAGAGAAGCAAUAGAAGAUCAAAUUAAAACUAUUCCAUUUUGGAAGACAUGUUUUUCACAUUAUAUUAGCAAAUGUCUUCUCAUAGGCAUCUAUUGGUCAUGUGGUCUUGUUGGUGGACCAAUCCUUCAUACAAUAAUUAGUUACAGUCUGUAUCAAUGGCAUUUUUAUGAAGACAGUGAAACAAUCCAACAGAUAAAAGAAAAACUACAAGAAGAUCAUCGAAUUUUUAUUUGUUCAUUCCUUGGCAAUACACAUUGGUUGAUUCGGUUAUUUCGAGCAUAUGGCGCGAACAUCGGCAACAAUGUCAUCGUACCUGAUAUUUUGUCUCUCCCUGAUUAUAAUUUGGUGACUAUUGGAGAUAACGUUCGACUUAAUAUGAAUGCUCUUAUUAUGUGUCACAGUUUCGAACAGCGUAUUCUAAAACUGGCUCCUGUUACAAUAGGUAACUCGUGUGUACUUAUGAGUGGCUCAGUUGUAAUGUCGGGCUGUAAAUUAAUGGGUAACAAUCGACUUUAUCCCUAUACACUCGUAAUGAAAAAUGAUCUUUUGCAAUCAAACACACAAUGGAAAGGACUUCCUGCACAGUCUUAUGUAGCAAAAUCAAUACUGCCUCGAUCUGCAUUCACUUGUGAUGAUAUCGUCAAAUGUCAACAGAAAUCUAAGAACUUUGAUCGAUUAUCAUUGUGGUAUGAGCAAAUUUCAAAUGUCUAUACGAAUGUCAAUGAACUACAAUUUAUGAAUUGGGGUUAUGCAGAUUUAGACGAACAUAUUGAUGACAAUACCGGCUACUAUUCGAAGAAACUUUAUCAGCAAGUUCUUGCUAAUGUAACACUUACGGAUCAAAAUGUACUCGAAGUGGGUUGUGGUAGAGGUGCUGGUGCUGCUUGGUGUGUUCGUACAUAUAUUCCUCGUUCUUAUGUUGGAAUAGAUUUUUCUCGAAAUGUCAUUAACCUAUGUGAACAAUGUUAUUCAACAAUUCCUCGACUCUCAUUUAUGAUAGCUGAUUCAAAAACUCAUUCACCAUUUCAAAAUGAGUCAAUGGAUGUUGUUCUUUCGAUUGAAACAACAAACAUUUUUGAUGAAAUAGUAGCAGCAAAGCAAUUUGUCGAUGAAGUUGUUCGUAUACUUACUCCUAAUGGAUACUUUCUCUGGUGUGGCUUGUGUAAUGUCGAUGGUUCACAUGUAUUGAUUGAUUAUUUAACAACAACUAAUGCAUUUAUUAUUAAAGAGAAGGCCAAUAUUACAAGAAAUGUUCUUCAUGCACUUGAUAUUCAAAGUAACUCACGAGCUGACUUUACUGACCGUUAUAUUCAACCUACAGAUCACGAAUAUUGUCGUCUAUUGGCUGGAUUACCUGGUACUCAACUUUAUGAUACUAUGCAACAAGGACGAGCAGAAUAUUGGCGAGUUGUAUUCUGCAAAAACAUAACGACAGAUAUAUCUCUCAUCUGA